AUGCGUGAGUCUGCGCGGCCGUGCCUGUAUGGGAAGUUGAUAUGUCGGCGGUAUGUUCAGACAGGUGCUUUCGUCUCAAGGUCGCGUGCGGCUCAGAGCCGAUGCUGCGCUCCGUGGGCGAUCCACUCCGAACACUUUGAAGAGCCUGAUUCAGGUACACACAAAUGCGAUGGAGAUGGAUGUAUGCAGGUCUCACUCCCAGAUCAAUCUCCCAGCCUCGAAGGGAUCGACGGGAGUGCUCUGUCGCUGCGCUACCAUACAUUAUUACUACUGGAUCAUUAUCCACAGACCAGAGCUCUUGAUCCUACUUCUGCCUUACAUAUCUGUCUCAAGUCAUCCAUCAGCAUCGUCCGCUGUCCACAUCAUCACAUGGCCAAGUCAUCAUCGUGCAGCCGCAAGCUACUCGGCGACACCUUGCCGCACGUGGCAUGGGUAGGUAGGAACCAUACGAACAGCCACGUUGUACCAUGGUCUCCGGAAGUUUUGCCGCCAUGUCCGCCAACUCACGAACAUCAUGACAGUGAAGAGAGUGGCAACAAGGCAAUGGACGCUCCAAAGAGGCAACUCGACCUCAAUUCAUUGCAUUCUUUUCCUGAACCAUGUCUAUCGCUUGGCUCCGUCGCUUAAGUGCUCAUUCAGAUUGGUACCAAUACAGUCUUGAAAUCAUAUCGAAUACUGCUCACUGCCUCGGCGAGCUGAGCCUGUCUUGCACACCCGCCAUCUGCGCCUCCUCAUAUCCCGGCGGAGGCUCAUCGGGCACCGCUGGAGGCUGUCUUCGGCUCUCAUCCAGACUCACUCCGCUGUCCCUCUGCUGUUGUAGGACUGGACUCCGCGCUUGAGCCUGUGCCUGUGCUGCUGUAGCCGUCGGAGCUAUCAGCGGCCCGUCGCUUUCUUCUCGAUACGCCGGCAGAUCUUCGAGGUUUACGUUUGAAAGGUUGACCGUGUUCAAUGCUCCAGUUCCUGCUCUUUGACGAUCACCAGACACCUCCAGCACUUGCUGUAUCCUUUCUCGAAUCUGCUCGUACCGUUGGUGAAAGUCAAGCGCUCCUCCAUCUCUGAACGUGAACUUCAGCUCGACCACGCCUGAAGGAGGCAUGGGUAUGCCACCGCCUUGCGCGGGCUGACAAAGCGCCGUCCAAGUGUUUGCUGAGAACAUAGGCAGGGAGACAUGGCUGUCGUGAAGGCUUAGGAUCUGUGAGGCAAAACUCUUGAAGUCGUCUGUCGGCUUCUUGGGAAGGUAUAUGAGUCUUUGAUUCGAGAGGUAGAGCGUGCCUUCGUUGUGUGUGACUUUGAAGGGCUGUUGUCUGCCUGGGUAGUGGGCUGGCGUCUUGAUCUCGAAGCCUAUCCUGCCGGCGGAUGUGAAGAGGUUCUGCUCGUUCGGUAGAGGGGUAUAAGGAGGGUUCGUUUCGGGCGAGAGCAUGACCCAGCUGCGAACUUGUG